AACUCAGAAAAGAGAAGCUUAACCUAGUUUGUAGCUGUUUAUUAUCUUGCAGCACCGGCAAUCAAUUUCUCUCUGUACUCUGAAUGUGCUUAAGUAGUACGGAUAUAUUUUUGAGCAAAAUAACAAAUAUAGAACUAUCCAAUGCAUUCCAACAAUACCCUUUUGGUUCUAUAGAGAAAAAAAAUUAUCUUUCUACUCUCUCUCCAACAACUAUUUCUUCUCUUCUACUUCUUCACUCACAAGUUUCUUUCUUGUACUUGUACUUGUGUGAACUCAACUUGCAAACAUGAGUAAACAAGAUAUGAUGAAAAUUCAGAAUUGUCUUCUCAAGGUUAAUAUCCAUUGUGAAGGGUGUGAGCAGAAAGUGAAGAAACUGCUUCAGAAAAUUGAAGGGGUGUAUUCUGUGAAUAUAGAUGCAGAACAAGGGAAGGUGUUGGUGACAGGUGAUGUAGAUCCAGCAAAGCUCCUAAAAAAGCUGAAAAGUUCAGGGAAACAUGCUGAACUAUGGGGUGGACAGAAAGCUAUGAUGAUUAAUCAAAAUCAAAACUUUCAACAACAACAGCCUCAGUUUAAGAACAUGCAAAUUGAUAACAACAAAGGGGGUAAGAACAACAAGCCUCAAAAUCAAAAGGGUCAAAAAGGUGGUGUUCAAGUAGCACAGUUUCAAAAUCCUAAAGGAGGAAAAGAUAUGAAAGUGCCCAACAAAUCUCAGAAACAUGUUAAUUUUGAUUUGUCUGAGGAGGAAUUUGAUGAGAGUGACGCUGAUUUUGAUGACUAUGAUGAUGAAGAUGAUUUUGAUGAGGAUGAAGAAGAGGAGUUUGGUCAUGGACAUGGCCAUGGUCAAGGGCCUCAAGGCAAUGGAUUUGGGCAGCAUCCUAUGCAUAAUAACAAGAUGAUGAUGGCUAUGAUGCAGAAUCAGAAUGGUCGUGGGCCACAGCUAGGGCCUGGUGGUGGUAUGAUGAUGAAUGGGCCUGCUGCCAUGAACAUCCCAAAGGGAGGGGGUGGUAAUUAUGCUAAAGCUAAAAAAGGAGAUAUUAUGGAUCUACCUAUGCAAAUGCAUAUGAAGGGUAAAAGUGGAAAUUACGGUGAGGUAAAAAAUGGUAAUGGAGGUGGUAAGAAAGGGGGUGAUGAUGGAGGUAAGAAGAAUAAAGGGGAAAAGCAAAAGGGUGGUGGGGGAGAUUGGGGAGAUGAAAAAAAUAGUAGCAAGAAGAAAAAUGGUAAAGGUAAAAACGGUGGUGGUGGUUUUCUAGUUAAGUUUCUAGGGCUUGGAAAAAAGAGCAAAAAGGGAGGAGGUGCAGCCGACACAACAAACAAGAAAAAAAACAAUGGAGGAGGUGGAAAUAGCAACAACAGCAAAGGGAAAGAUGGUAAGAAAGGUGAAAAAUUGGAUAAAGUUGAAUUUGAUUUCCAAGACUUUGAUAUCACUCCUCAUGGUAAAAGUGGCAAGGGUGGAAAUGGAAAUGGAAAUGGGAAAGGUGCUCCUGCCAAGGGUAAUGCCAAUAAUGGUCAUGGUAGCAAUAAUAAUGGUAAUGGGGGCCAUAUGGGUCCAAUGGGGCAGAUGGGUGCAAUGAAUCAGAUGGCAGCAAUGAAUAGGAUGGGUCCAAUGGGGCAGAUGGGUUCAAUGGACCAAAUGAGGAGCAUGCCGGCAGUGCAAGGAUUACCGGCCGGGGCAGCAGCCGCGGCGAUGAAUGGUGGCUAUUAUCAAGGAAUGCAGCAGAUGCAACCAAAUCCUUAUCAUCAGCAGCAGCAGCAGCAUCAACAACAACAGCAGCAGCAGCAAUACAUGGCUAUGAUGAUGCAGCAACAACAACAGCAACAAAUGCAGCAACAACUGCAGCAGCAACAAAUGCAGCAAGGAAACAUGAACAACAUGUAUCCACAACAUAUGAUGUAUGGAGGUGGAAGGCCACAUCCAUCAAUGAACUAUAUGGGACCGCCACCAAUGCCAUCACACCCUAUGGCAGAUCCUAUCACUCAUGUUUUCAGUGAUGAGAACACUGAGAGCUGUAGCAUCAUGUAAAGUAAUUAAUUACUAGUAGUGCUAGUUUGUUUUCAGGUUCUAUUAUUGUCUUUUUUUUUUGGGGGGUCCAUUAAAUUUUGUUGCAAUGGUAGGAAAAUGUGCAAGAUUUAAGGAUUUAUCUGAUUAUAUCAUAUGAUGUUUGUUUUAUUUUGUUGUGUGUCCUGUGUAACGACAACCUUAUGAGCAGGACAUGGUGCCAAUGCCAGUCAAUGACAGUAUAUCACAUGACCUGUGGUGACUAAAUCACUCCUCAGAACUUAUCUUAACCCAUUAAAUUG